AUUUCUCUUUGCCACAACACUUGUUUUUCUUCCACAAACAACUCAAAGGGAGAAGCAAAACCUUCAAACUUCUCUCAAUUCCUUCAGUUUUUCCAUUAUACACUCUCUACAAUGGCGUUACUCGUCGAGAAGACUACCUCAGGGAGGGAGUACAAGGUUAAAGACAUGUCACAAGCUGAUUUUGGCCGUCUUGAAAUCGACUUGGCUGAAGUCGAAAUGCCAGGUUUGAUGGCAUGUCGCACUGAAUUUGGACCGUUACAGCCAUUCAAAGGUGCAAGAAUCACCGGUAGUUUACACAUGACGAUACAAACAGCUGUCCUUAUAGAAACCUUAACAGCAUUGGGAGCAGAAGUAAGAUGGUGUUCAUGCAACAUCUUCUCAACACAAGAUCACGCGGCAGCUGCCAUAGCGAGGGAUAGCGCGGCUGUAUUCGCGUGGAAAGGAGAGACAUUGCAAGAGUAUUGGUGGUGUACUGAAAGAGCACUUGAUUGGGGUGUAGGUGGUGGACCUGAUUUGAUUGUUGAUGAUGGUGGUGAUGCUACAUUGUUGAUACAUGAAGGAGUAAAAGCUGAGGAAGAAUAUGCUAAAAGCGGUAAAAUACCGGAUCCUAAUUGUACUGAUAAUGUUGAGUUUCAACUAGUGCUUACUAUUAUCAAGGAGAGUUUAAAGACCGAUCCUUUGAAGUAUACUAAGAUGAAGGAAAGACUUGUUGGUGUUUCUGAAGAAACUACUACUGGUGUUAAGAGAUUGUAUCAAAUGCAGGCUAAUGGAACUUUGCUAUUCCCUGCUAUUAAUGUUAAUGACUCUGUCACCAAGAGCAAGUUUGACAACUUGUAUGGAUGUCGCCACUCACUGCCCGAUGGUCUCAUGAGGGCUACUGACGUUAUGAUUGCCGGGAAGGUUGCCCUUGUUGCCGGUUAUGGAGAUGUUGGCAAGGGUUGUGCUGCUGCGUUGAAACAAGCAGGUGCGCGUGUGAUUGUGACUGAGAUUGACCCUAUCUGUGCUCUCCAGGCUACCAUGGAAGGCCUCCAAGUUCUUACUCUCGAGGAUGUUGUUUCUGAAGUUGAUAUCUUUGUCACCACAACUGGUAACAAGGACAUCAUCAUGGUUGACCACAUGAGGAAGAUGAAGAACAAUGCCAUUGUCUGCAACAUCGGUCACUUUGACAAUGAGAUCGAUAUGCAUGGUCUCGAGACCUUCCCUGGUGUGAAGAGAAUCACAAUCAAGCCUCAAACAGACAGAUUUGUCUUCCCUGACACCAACAGUGGUGUCAUCAUCUUAGCCGAGGGCCGUCUCAUGAACUUAGGAUGUGCUACUGGACAUCCUAGUUUCGUCAUGUCAUGUUCGUUCACUAACCAAGUCAUUGCGCAGCUUGAGUUGUGGAAGGAGAAGGCAAGCGGUAAGUAUGAGAAGAAGGUAUACGUCUUGCCAAAACACCUCGAUGAGAAGGUUGCUGCCCUUCAUCUCGGAAAGCUCGGAGCCAAGCUCACUAAGCUUUCCAAGGACCAAGCUGAUUACAUUAGUGUACCAGUUGAGGGUCCUUACAAGCCUGCUCACUACAGGUACUGAAGAAAGACAAACAAACACAAUGUUUUGGCAUGAUGUUUUCACUUUUACUACUUUGAUUCUGUCUUGUUGGGAAUAUUUUGGUGGAAAUGAAAUGGUCUCAUUUGAAGGAAGACCAAAAUGUGAUGUUAUAGUUAUUGGAUUUAUUUGGUUUUGGUUAAUUGAAGUGAAAUUUUUGUCA